AAAUGAAAGAGAAUCAAAAUGAAGACGUGGGGGCAGCAUUCAGAAGCUUUGAGGACAAAGACCAUUGAAUUUGAAUCCCAACUUCUCUCUCUUACUCUGUUGCUCUCGAAUCACAUGUACAUAUUUACAUUUCUCAUUUGCCCAAAACAUAAAAACAUAAAAAGAUUUAUGCUUUUUAAUGUUGUAAAAGGGAAACAACUCAGAUACAAUCCUGUGGUGCUUGUUCGGUCUCGCCCAGCUGUACAAUCAUAUCCCCUUUCUUUCCAUUUUAGCGAUCACCUCUACAUAAACUGAAGGGCAUCAUCAGAAACAAAAGCGCAGAUAAAGCAGAGUGCGAGUGAAAAUUCAAAGCCUUUUUUAUGCCUACAAGCAUUCUAUCAUGUCAUAAUCAGUAUUAUUCAGAAAAGUCUUCCUUUUGGAACCCAGAAAGGAAGAGUGAAGUAAGGAAGUGAAAAGCUCUGUUUGCUCUCAGAUCUCUGCGUGUUGUUGGGUCAUUUGAUUUUGAGCUUCAAUGGCAGAGUCAAAGAAGUACAUUUCACAGGAAGACCUUAGCAAGCACAACAAGCCAGGAGAUCUAUGGAUCUCAAUACAGGGAAAGAUCUACAAUGUCUCAGACUGGGCUAAUUACCACCCAGGUGGUGAGCUCCCAUUGUUCAAUCUCGCUGGUCAAGAUGUCACAGACGCGUUUGUUGCGUACCAUCCAGGCUCGGCAUGGCAGCAUCUGGACCAGUUCUUCACUGGGUCUUAUCUCGAAGGCUACUCUGUCUCUGAGGUAUCCAAAGAUUAUAGGAAACUUGUCAAUGAAUUCACUAAAAUGGGUUUGUUUGAAAACAAGGGACUUGGGGUUCAUUUUUCGCUGUUUCUUGUGGCGAUGUUGUUUAGCUUGAGUGUUUAUGGUGUUUUGUACUCUGAUAGCACUUGGGUGCAUCUGGGUUCUGGUGGGUUAAUGGGUUUUCUUUGGAUUCAAAGUGGCUGGCAUGGACAUGACUCUGGGCACUACCAGAUCAUCAGCAGCAAAAGACUCAAUAGAUUUGCUCAGAUCCUCACUGGGAAUUGCCUUGCUGGCAUCAGCAUUGCCUGGUGGAAGCGCAACCACAAUGCCCACCACAUUGCAUGCAACAGCCUUGAAUUCGAUCCAGAUCUUCAGCACAUGCCUUUCUUUGCGGUAUCUUCGAAAUUAUUCAAUUCCCUCACGUCUUAUUUCUAUGACAGGAAGAUGAAUUUUGAUGCUUUUACAAGGACCUUGGUUAGUUACCAGCACUGGACAUUUUACCCUGUGAUGUGUCUUGCUAGGCUUAAUCUUUUUGCUCAAUCAUUCUUGCUGUUAUCAUCAAAAAGAUUAAGGGUGAACAAUAGGGUUCAGGAAAUCUUGGGGCUCCUUGUGUUUUGGAUUUGGUAUCCUUUGCUGGUUUCCUGCUUACCCAAUUGGGGUGAAAGAGUUAUGUUUGUUGUUACAAGUUUUUCUGUCACUGGAAUUCAGCAUGUUCAGUUCUGUUUGAACCAUUUUUCUUCCAGUGUUUAUGUUGGUACACCUAUUGGGAAUGACUGGUGUGAGAAUCAGACUAAUGGGUCACUUGAUAUAGUGUGUCCAUCUUGGAUGGAUUGGUUCCAUGGUGGGUUGCAAUUUCAGAUUGAGCAUCAUCUGUUUCCCAGGUUGCCUAGAGGCAAUCUCAGGAAAGUUGCUCCUCUUGUUAAGGAGCUAUGCAAGAAGCACAAGCUGCCUUACAAAAGUGUAUCCUUCUUGAAGGCCAACGAACUGACCAUUGGAACGCUUCGCACUGCAGCCCUGCAGGCUCGGGAUCUUGCUAGCCCAGUUCCAAAGAACUUAGUUUGGGAAGCUGUACACACUUAUGGAUGAGAUACACAGCUUGUGAAGCUUUAGCUUUUUGAGGUUUUGAUGGUGUGGUUAUUUAUGCUCAAUGACAAUAAUGUUGUUAAAGGGGUAAAAUAACUUAUUUUGAUUGAUAUCUGAAGGGUGGUGAUCCUUGAUUUCAGUUGGAACAAUAAUAAUCAUCUUUAGGACUGCUUCUGAGGCUUCAUUUCAGAUUCUGGUUUUUACAAAUAUUUAUGCAAAGUUUGUAGGAUCAUCAUCAGCUCAUGUAUUUUCUGGAGUAGGUGACAAACUAUAUGUACUGAUUAUCCGCCCGGUGAUACGACUACUUCUCCUCUCCUGUAUGUGGUGCUCAAAAUCACUGCUAGAGACUUGAGAUGUAAAGCACUGUGUGCUUUGAUUAGUUAGUUAGUUUGUUUCUGAUAGCUUAGUAUAUAUUGUGGCACUUUGGUUCUCUC